AUGUCCAGUAACAGGCCAUCCAGGGGAAUAGAUGCCAGUCCCAACGUCAUCGGUCGUAUUCAUUUUGCCACUGAAGCAAAUCAUUUCGACCAUGGCACAUACCACCAACGCGAAGCCGAGUAUCAUCAAUUCAUGGAUGAAAUGGCGCAGUUGUGGACGCCUGUCAUGGAUUUGGCGGAGGAGAGUCCACUGGAAGCAAUCUCACUUUGUCGUGAUCGACUCAGGAAUCCUCUCUUGUCGCUCGGUCGACCUUCCAUCACUACCAUGGAACAAGCCAUCGCCAUAGCUCAACACCACCUCGGAAGACUUCUAUUCGACACUCAUGUCGCAGAAGACGCUCCACAUCCUGACCGUUCACAAAAUACGGAAGCGAUUGACCUGCUUCGAAAGGCAAAAGAUGGAUACACCGCGCACCUACCAAGCUUCGAGCUGGACAUUGCGCAAAUCCAAGAUACUCUGAUCUCGUGUCUCCAGCAUGAGGGGCGGCUUGUCGAGGCGGUGGAGGAAACGAGGAAUCUCGUUGAUCUCCGGAAGCGCAUCUGGGCUAGAGCCAAAGAGGAUGUGGAAUUGACACCCGGUGACCGUAGUAGUCUCCUUCGGGAACUUGUUCGUUCUGCUGGGUCGGCACUCGCAAUUUGCGGCUGA